AUGGGUGUUGCGGAUGCCAAGUUCCCGGCCUCGCAGGCCUUCGAUGAGAUCGCCAACGCGCUCUCCGACCCAGCCGCCAAGAAGGACGCCAUCAAGCAGGGCGCCUCGAUCUUCGGUUUCACCAUCAAGAACGCAUCCGGCGAGGAGAAGUCGUGGUAUGUCGACCUGAAAGAGACUGGCACUGUUGGCCAAGGAACCGCACCAGAGGGCAAAAAGGCAGAUGUCACCCUCGUUCUCUCCGAGGACAACUUCGGCAAGCUCAUCGACCAAAAGGCCAACGCACAGAAGCUAUUCAUGAGCGGCAAGCUGAAGGUCAAGGGCAACGUCAUGAAGGCCACCAAGCUCGAGCCGAUCCUCAAGAAGGCCCGACCACAGUCGAAGCUUUAG